UAUUGCAUAGUUGCCUUUCUUUUGCAAUCAUGGCGGACGGCGAAGCAGAUUGGGAGAACGAAGAUUUUGAGCCCGCAGUUUUUAAAAAGCCUAUUCUUCACACUGACAGAUGGGAAGGAGAGGACGAAGACGAUGAUGUAAAAGAUAAUUGGGAUGAUGAAGAAGAAGAAAAAGAAGAAAAACCCGAACAAAAUAUUGUUGCAGUGCAAGCAAAAAAGAAAAAACCUUUAGCUCAAAUAAUUGCAGAGAAAGAAGAAAAAAGGAAAAAAGAAUUAGAAGAAAAAAUGAAAUCUCUAGAAAUAGAUAAGAAAGACUUAACACCACAAGAAAGGUUAGCACAGAAACUAAAACAACAAAAACUACAGGAAGAAGCUGACUUACAACUAGCAAAAGAAACAUUUGGUGUCACAGAUACAGUUGAAGGAAUCGACAGUAUGGUACCCAGUUCUAGAGAAGAGUUUGACAAUUUCCGUAAAUUAUUAGUAGAAAAAAUUCUAAAGUCAGAAAAUUCUCCACAUUUUGUUACGUUCCUUGAAGAAUUAUUUAGGGAUUUAUGUCUAAAUGUUAAUCAUGAUGAUAUAAAGAAAUUUACAAGUACAUUAAAUGCCUUAGCCUUUGAAAAACAAAAAGUUCUAAAGGCAAAAGCGGGAAAAAAGAAAUCUUCUAAAAAGGCUGCUCUCAAUUUAGGAAGAGAUGGAGUGGAGGAUUAUUCAAUAAUCGAUUAUGGAGAUGAAUUUGAUUGUCUUUGAUUUUGUCUUCAGCUUAUCAGUUUGUAGAAAGUGAAAGCUGUAUUUGAUGCUGUAAAUGUUGAUUUUCAAUAAAUUUAUCAAAAUCCUCUAUAAA